CAGCGGCCACGAUGGGAGUUUUCAAACUCAAUCAAGACAAGUUUUUAACCCUUUUACCGGGAGAAUACAUCUAAAGUGAGAAAGCGUUCCGUUGGAUGCGCUCAAGGUUCUGUUCUGCAUGAAUUACACACAGGAUGUGAAUCUUGUUGAAAAGCCGGUAAUUUCACUAAGUGAGUUUGCUUAUGAGAGCUACCUCCACAUCAGCACCACGCAAAGGGAUCCACGGAGUAUUUUAACCAGGUGUCAUUUUGUUUGAAUGUCAUAAACGGAACAUUUUGGGGCUAUUUUCUUUAACGAAAUGGAUCACUUUGCAGCAGAGUGCCUUGUGUCAAUGUCCAGCCGUGCAAUUGUUCACGGUCCUAAAGGGAAUAGGGAGAUUAAACCCGAAACUGCGGCUGCUCCCAGAAACGGAGAAGAGACUAAGGAACCCUUGGUGAAAGACAACUCUUCUCUUUUUGUGGUUGCCAGAAUUUUGGCGGAUUUCAAUCAACAAACCCCAGCCAAUUUUGCCGAUCAGGCUAAAAUUAAAGAGGAGAGCAUGCCAGCAACCCUAACAAAAGAUGAUGGAAACUCUGCCACACCUACCACCAUCACCGCCGACUCUGCUCUUAAACAAAGAGGCAAACGAUUGAGGGGUCGAAUUGAGCAGGAAUCCCCCCAGAAAAAGCACAAAUGCCACUAUUCAGGUUGCGAAAAAGUUUAUGGCAAAUCGUCCCAUCUCAAAGCCCACCUAAGGACACACACAGGAGAACGGCCUUUUCCGUGCACCUGGCCCGACUGCAGUAAGAAAUUCGCCCGUUCAGACGAGUUGGCCCGGCACUACCGCACCCACACCGGCGAGAAGAAAUUCGGCUGUCCCCUCUGCGACAAACGCUUCAUGCGGAGCGACCACCUGAUGAAGCACGCCCGCCGUCACUCCGACUUCCAGCCGGCCAUGCUGAAGAGGCAGCCGGGGGCGGCAGGGGGAAGCGCAAACGCCCGACCGGGUUCCCUCAGCGACUACAGCCGCUCAGAUGCCUCCAGCCCCACCCUCAGCCCCACCCUCAGCCCAGCUAACUCGCCUUAAACCCCCAGCCGCACUUUCUGCCAUCUGUCCCUGGGGCUCCAGGCUGCCCA